UUCAUGGUGGGUCUCUUCAGCGUCAGCUACAGGGCUUUUCUGGUCAGCUUCUGGGAAAUGCUUGGGUGAGGGCGUUUCCUGCAGCUCAGCGUGCACAUUUCUCAUUCCUCCAGGCAGCCUCGUCCCUCACCGCAGCUCUGGAACAGUUUGUGACACCUGAGCAGCUGGAUGGUGAAAACUGCUUUAAAUGCAACAAGUGAGAUGAUUACUAAGAACAUUCAGUGUAAGACGGGAUCCUGUUUUUGGGGGCUGCAUGUCAUUGAAGAGAAGUCAUCUUCUUGUGCAGGUUUACUGCACACAGAUGAGAUGCAGCUUUUUGCAAAUAUGGCAGUGAAGAGCCUUAGAAUAACAAAAGCUGUGUGAGACAGGAGAGGUUGCCUGGCCAGCUUGGGGGAAGACUGGGUGCAUUUCAGCACUGGGCUGUGUCUGUGCUUGCUUUCAAGGUGUAAGGAGAAUGUUGCUGCCUCCAAGAGGUUCACAAUCCAUUGUGCACCCAAGGUUCUGACGGUGUGUCUGAAACGGUUUGACUGUUUCACCGGUGGGAAGAUCAACAAGGCUGUGGAGUACCCCGAGUACCUGGAUCUCCGCCCGUACAUGUCCGAGACCGAUGGAGAGCCCCUGUAUUACUCCCUGUAUGCUGUCCUGGUGCACAGUGGCUACAGCUGCCAUGAAGGACACUAUUUCUGCUACACCAAGGCCAGCAAUGGGUUGUGGUACCAGAUGGAUGAUGAGUCUGUGGAGGUUCGUGGCAUUGACACAGCUCUCGGGCAGCAAGCCUACCUGCUGUUUUAUGCCAGAUGCUCUGAUCUGAGGCUUGGAGAAAAGGCUUCUUCCUCGCUGGCACCAUCAUAUGCACCAUCCGUCCUCAGUCAGUGGGCAGCCUGCAGCAAGCAGGUGGCUUCUGUAGUCCCACAGGUUUUGCCUGACAGGACAAAGGUAACUGGGGAGGAGAGUCAGGGCACCACAGGAGCUGGGGAGUUCUUUCUAAGCAUUUCUCCCUUUUCCCCUGGCACCCUGCAGCAUUCUUCACAGCCACAAUGCUGCUUCCUGUCAAAGCAUGCCACCUGUAUCCAUGCCAUUUGUGUGCCUUUGGCCCUUUGGCCUUGGCAGCCCUCCAGAAGGGCCUUUGGGAGGCUCUGA